AAGGAAUCUUUUUUUUUCGGAUUGGGAAGAUAUAAGGUUUUUCUUGUUGUACAGUUGUUUGGCUGAAGAUCGAAGAACUGGAAUCUGGAAUCCCAAGAGAAAACAAACUCAUCAUCCACUUCGGAUUCCUUCAAUCUUUUCCGUCCUUCAUCGAUUCUUGAGUUCCGUCUCGCUCUCCAAUCAGAGCUCAAUCCUGCGUAUAUGGAUCCUUCUGCCCACCACCAUCCUCAUCAACAGCCACUUCCUCCCAGAGCCAAGCUGAAUCAAGUCGAUGAUCCAGUCGAGGAUGAUGAUCUUCCUCUCCUUCUGACCAACCAACAAACUCAAAACCCAUUCUCACCACCACCACCAUCAUCCUCACAGUCUAUUCAUAUUAACAGCCAGCAAGAACAAGAGAAUUAUCACCACAACAACCAACCAUCAACUCAUACCGCGACCACCAACUCCCGACAUCAACCCAUCCUCACCACAACAACCAUCAACACGCCUCGGUUACCCUACCAAGAAUCUGAAUCAGACUCAUCCUCUCCCAAGCUCCGAGCAUCAACUCUCGUCCAAUCUCCCUUGCCAUUGACUCCCCCUACCGAGUGCCGACCGGCGGCUUCAUUCAGCCAAGCUCUGAAAAUUACCACCAACCCGACUGACCCCUCCCCUCCAACCCUUGACCGCACUGCCACAACCAUCCUCCCGGAAGACAAUCGCCCCUUCAACCUAUCACCACCCCCUCAUCAGCAUACCCCAUUCGCAACAACAAAUCCUUCUAAUAACUCUGCUGUCAAUACUCUGCCUCACCCUCAUCCGCCUCAAUCAUCCGCCGAUCAUCAUUCACACUGCUCCCGCACACCCUCACCUUGCAACCCCCGCGUCCAGCUUCCUUCACGAGAUCAACCGGCUCUCAAACUUCAAAGGAAACCCGCACCACUCUCCAAUUCAACCCGCUCCAAGAGCUUAGUCUGUCGAAGCUCUCUAUCCACUGCCACCUCCGAGGUCGAACACGGCUUCACUACCGACGAAGAUACCGACCGGACACCCGUCUUCACUGGUUUGGUCGUACAUAGCUUGAUCGGUGCUCCAAUGCCUGCCGUCCACGAACUUCUCGGCCACCAUGCCCAACUUCACCCCAGCGAACGCUCGAGCCCCUCGCGUUUCGAUCAUCUCUCUUCCUCCAAUAAUAAUAAUGAUGAUCACCCUCCUGCUCCGAUCGCCACUCCCGAUCAAUAUUCCUCCUCAUCUCGUCUCAGUCGGCCAAGCAAGCUAUCCGAUGAAAACCUGCAACGUCAGUCUCAAACUGGCCUCAAGGAGCGCGUCAAGAAGAGCAUCAAGAUGCGAGAGACCGAACGAUGGGCACGCGAGACCGCAACAAGCUCUCAACAGCCUGGAUCCCCCAAUCCACCCACACACUCUAAUUCAUUCUCAAUCUCCCCCGUCAUUCACCCCGCUCAGAUCCCCCACCCCCCCUCAGAAUCCGACGAUCGCCAUCUUGCCUCCCUUGUCAGUCUAUCGCCCAUCCAGUUCACUAGCAAUGUACACUCAAGUCCCUCACCCGAAACCCUACCGCGACCUAGGAUCUCGGUCCAGCCUGUUCCAUCCUUCAGAGCCGUUGCCACUACAGAGCCUAACGGCGAACUUACAAUCAUUAGUGAACAUGCCAGUAUCAACGAUUGGCACUCUGAGAAUACCAACACUACUCAUCUCGCCGGCCCUUCACAACAACAACAUCAUCAUCAUCGCACCCUGCUCCAUCUGUCGCCUCUUGACGUUCAAGUCAUCGGCCAAACCCCCACAUCUGCUGACUUUCAAUCACCCGUGAACAACUGUAUGCCUCCAACCGUCUUACCCGGUACAGUGAUCGGCGGGAUCGAUCUACCUAAGGAUUCACCUCAUCCGCAUAUCCUACCUAUUCCACUUUCCCCAUUCUCCCAUCCUCCAUCUGAUUCCCAACCGUUUUCACAGUCCCCUCGGAUUCAGGAAAUUCCACUCACACCGCCUACCAAAACACACCAAAGCAUCACUGAUCCACUCAUACGGGCCAGGAUCAAUCUUCAAGAGGCUCUCUCAGCCACCCCUCAGGCUCGCUCUACCUCAAACAGUCCUUCAGACUCUCCAGUUCGUCAGUAUCACCCACAGCAUUUCACACAGCCAUACCAACCCAAUCUCGCUGACGGGCAGAGCAGCGAUGAAGACAACGAUUCUGGGCUAUCACCCAUCAAAGAGGAUCGAACCGCUGAGAUGGCCGCUGAGCAUAGCUGGCGUAUCCGGCAGGUGCUUAGCCCGCCAGGCUCCAGCCAUCGCUCUUUGAACCGCAGCAAUCCCCAAUUAUCCUUGUCCAAGACGGACGUCGAUCAUGCCGACCCUUACACUCAAGUAUCUACUUCAUCUCAUCCGCAUACCACUAAGAGUGAGAAUUCGACGGCUUCAAUCGAUCCAGACCAAACUCAGAACUCUUUAAACCCUCCCACCUCUCAUUCCCCUACGCAGUUUGUGGAACAUGGCAGUAACACACAGAAGCCUGUUCAAACAACAGUUACUGCCCAGGAUACCUCGUAUGCUGGACAUCAAAGAGCUGAAGCCAAUGACUCGUUAGGUUGUUCCCAGUCGAUCAAUGAUGAACAAACCAGUCUUAGGACUAUCUCUAAUUCAGCACUAUCCUCUGACGACGUUGUCUUACCAAGCUCCCAGCAUCCAAGCUCAUCCCAACCGCAACAAUCUCAUACAGUUUCCGUUCCGGCCCCAUCUCAUCAUCCAUCAGCUCCUGCUGCACCUCCACCCACCCAAAUCAAUCCCCGACCUAGCACUGAAUCGAUCACAUCCAGGCGGCAAGCCUCCCCACUCUCAGUGCGCACCGGUAUAGUUACUAAAUCUAACCCGCCGCUAUCCCUUCCGGCCAGCGCCCGUCGACCAUUGCCGGUCGACCUGCUCAACCGGCUUGAGAUGGAAGAAUGGCGCAACCAAACCGGCAUCGACGAUCGUCACUCGCUCUCCUUGCGCUCCGCAAGUUCGCCCCUUCUCGGUAGAUCGCUCACCAUGAAUAAUGGUGGUACAGAUAUUGAUAGGGGUAGCUUGGUUGGCGUCGGGGGUGAGGAGCGCAGAGGAAUCAAGGAUCGCUGGGGAAAUAGCUGGGGUCUUGAGUCCCAUGUCUUAAGCCCACUGAGUGAACGUACGGAAAGAUCGUUAACCACUGUGGGCUCGCUCGUGUCACUCUCUACAAGAAAAUCAACUCACUCGUUGCGAUCACUUGAUUCGACCAGUAACUCUUUGGCCCAACGACUAGAGCAGGCAGACACAUCCAGUGUUCGACUGAUGAAGCUAGGAAGUAGCUUAGUUCCCACGGGAGUCAUCAGAACUGGAGCGAGCACCGGUUCUAGUAAUCAAAUGGCUCGGUCGAUGUCAUGUCCUCUGAAUCGAAUCGAUUCACCCACUAAAUCCUCCCCUCUCAAUAAGUCGGAAUUUCAUGGGUCUAAAGAACCUCCUCAUCUCUUGUUGGAAGAAAAAAUGAAAAGAAAAGAAGAACGUAGAAUCAAGAGAGAGAAACGUGAAAAGAGACGGGCUGAAGAACUUAAAUCUUCCGAAAGUUUGGCUCAGAAACAGGAACGAAGAAGGCAAGAGAAGAAGAGGAAGGAAGAGUUUUUGGAAAAGAAACAGCAGAUCUUACUUCGACUUCAAGAAGACGGAGAAAAUCCUCAAUUGGUCCGAGACUUGGGGAUCCUAUAUUUGACAUCGAACGUCGGAAUAGCCGGACUAAAGUUAGCGAUUAGACAUCUAGAGACUAGUUUACAAAUAAACGAUACCGACGCAUUGGCAUGGUCCAGUUUGGGCAAGGCAUGGUCCAAGUUACAUGGGGUUCCAGAAGCUGAAUUGGCCAAAUUACCAGACCCCAGAGAAACCACCAAGUCCCAACAAGCCCAUAAUGCUACGAUCGGUCUGAGGAAAGCGAUCAUCAACAGUCGGACGCAUGCUGAUGCCCUUAAAUAUAAGGUCGAGUGGGCACGUUAUCUAGAGAAACUAGGGCGAUGGCGAGAUAGUUUGGGAGUGAUUGGAGAAAUAAUCAAGAACGAAGGAAAAUUACAACCCAAGUGUUGGGCUGGCUUAGGUUUUGUCGGCUUGAGAUUGGUCUUCGGUUGGGCACCUCUGGAGAACCUGGAGACUGAUGACCUCGAACAAGGGUUUAUUGAGGGUGAGACACCCAAGAUGAAUGAAGGUACUACCCAAGCCGAGAAGCUUAGUGAUCCAGAUCGAAUGAAGUUGUUGUCUCAAGUCCAUCACGCUUUCGAACGAGCCUUAGCUCUGAUUGAUGAUCAAAUCGGCUCGGCAACUCUCCAAGCUCACAAUCCGGCGAGCGCUAAGGGUAAAACACCUGCUAGUGUUGACGACCAUCUUCAUCAAGAGAUCAAUCGAUUGAAGACUUAUAAACUACAUUAUCAGUUCCAACUCACAAAGCUCGAUGCUAUCGAGAAGGAAAUGAUGGGUGGACAACUUGGGCUUGAUGUUACUCAAACUUCGGCGGCUUCUGGAGAUCGUCCUUCUAAUGAUCCACCUAUCCCAGGAAGCUCUUCUGAUAAUCGUCUAGCCAGUCUCACUCAGCCUGUGACUGAUAGUCGCAAGGCCGAAGGGUUCGAUAACCUGACCAAUGGGAGUAAAAACGGGAUGCCGGAUGUCCAAGACCGAUCCGAGCCAGUGAUAAACGCCACUCAAGUUGCUCCUACCAAGGAUCCAGAUAUCGUCACUGAAGAGAUCCGUGAAUGUCCUUCUUCAUCGAGCAGUCCGGCUCAAUCUUAUGUUCCGGUUUGCCAGGACCCUGAGCCGACUAACUAUGUUGAUGUCAAUGGUAAUUCAUCAUCACAAUCUCGGAAUAUCUCUAACGAUCAACCGCGCGACAUGGUAACUACUCCUGUAACCCAAAACGAUCACUAUCAAGAGAUCGCUGGGGGCGAUUAUUUGGAGAUGGCCACUCCAACCUCUCAAAUCGAUCGAUCGAAACCCUUGCCUCCCGAGAACUACGACAUGCGUACACCUUCCUCGCAAGUUGAAUUUCAGCGGGACAUGAUUUUUGGGGCAGCUCUUUCAAUGGCACCCAUGCGUUCAACCUACAAUCCCUUGAGCGGCUCGGCUUCUUCCGAUGGCCCCGAAGUGAUCGUCCAGUAUGAUGAUGUGGACACGACUAAUGAUUACAGUGAUAGCAGGAAUUCGGACCCGUUUAGACCUUCCUCAAGUCUUGGUCAUCAUCUCGUCCGAAGCGCAGUCUCUUUUAAUCACAACCCGCCACCGCACUCUUCCGGAUCCCACGAGACUCCUGCGUAUCCCGCACCAUCGGCAACGCAGGAUUCAACUAGGUCUCUUUCACCAGUCGGUCCAUCUGGCCAAUCACUCCAGAACUCCUUCAUAGACACCAAAGCUGAUGAUGUGGUAGAGAAAGAUGGCGAGAUGAAAUCUGAAUCGACAGGCCUUGCUCGGACUCGACCUAGUACUGCGGCCGAUGGACCCGUGAUCGCUUCUUCUUCUUCUUCUGCUUCUUCUUCUUCUUCUUCUUCUCAUGAUCAUGAUCAUCCUCAUCAUCAAUCUGCUGCUCAUGUCUCGUCGGUUGAAGGUCAACUAGUAACUGCUAUCGAUCCAAAACAUUCCCGCUCAAUUAGUCGCUCCAGUUCGGCCUCCUCUGAUCAUCAUCAUCCUCCCUUCACCAAUCAGAUAUCCACUCAUGCUCUGGUUGAUGGUCUCAAAGAAAUCGAUCAUUCGUCUCAGAAAACUAGUAGUAGUCAUCAUCUUCCUUCAUCAUCUCAUUUCAAACCUUCUCCUUCUCAACUCCCUCAUACGUGCUCUGAUCCUCUCAUCGAUCAUUCUCUGUUCCAUGCUCAUUCUAAAGUCGAGCUUGGGAAGCUGUUGGAUGGCGACUUGAAAGAAUUAGAUAAACAAAAAGUGAUCGCUUUCCUGGAAUUAGACAGUGAUUAUCAUUCGAAAGUUUCCAAGUUGAGGAAGAAGUUGAUGCAGAUUGAAGAGGAGAGAGAGGUGAAGCGAAAGGAGAUGUUUAUGAAGUUAGGGUUGAUCAAGAAGAAUGGGUAUGAUCAGGAGCGUCAAGGAGGGGAAUUGAAUGAGGUGAUAUGCCCACGAGAGGAAGAGGAAGAAGGAGGUGCAGGAGGAUCGAUUAGAGAAGAAGGACGGAGGAUGCCAGCUUCAGCGAGCCGACGAGAGCGACAAAUGUCGAGUUUCAGUUCGGUUCCAUCGGCAGUCUCAAUGACCCAUCCUCCUCAUCAUCACCAACCGCAUCAUCAACGGGAGUCUUCUGGCCGUUCGCAUCAGGCGUUCCAUGAGACCCCGAUGCUCUCCAGGAGUCUCGGCAGUCCUCCGUCUCCGCACCAUUCUUCCCAUCAUCAUCGCUCCGGCACCUUCGAGCUCGACCAUCAUCAUCUUCCUCUUCUUCCCCUCUUUUCUCAGCCCCCUCAGCAGCAGCAGCAGCAGCUCAACUCUGCCGUCGACGCCGCCGCCGCCUCGCUCGGGUCGGCCGAUUGCACUCUCAUCGGCCCCAGUCAGGGCGCACAUGGACAGGCUAAUAUCGCCUUACAAGGGAUCGCCGCCAUUCUCAAAUUGGCCUCCUCCUCCGGGUCUUCGGCACCUCCUCCGCUUCCGAUGAACCCCAAUCCGAAUCAUAAUCCUGGCGGUGGCGGUGCCGCGUCUUCCCAUCAUCGGCUUCGUCAGGCGCUCGCUUCCCAGGACGGCCGGCUAUCCAAUCCUCUUUCCCACCCCGACUCAUCCGAAUAGUGCUGCUUGACUUUCUUAACUUCUCUCUCGCUGCCUUUUACUUACUCCUUUUUAUAUCUUGAAAAAAAAAACAAACAAAUCACUCUCACUCACUCACUGGGUUUGUGUCCCCUUUCGUCUGCAUCAUCGUCGUCAUUCUUGGGCUCGCUUCUUUCUUUCCCCUUGAAUUUACUUCUUUAUAUCUCACACUGAUCUUGUUCUUACACACACAUAUAUACCCACUUACUUAUUUAUCUUUUUUUUUGGGGGGGGGUUCCUUUUUUGCUCAUGUUAAGAUUUUUUUGGUGCUUUUAUAUCU